AAAUCUUUAGAAGAUAGUCCUGUACACCUAGAUAGCCGUGAUAAAGUCCAUUUAACCAGCGCUCUUGACAUAUCUGGAGAAACGUUUCUCAAUGAAUUCGUCUUCAGAGCGUUCAAAUGGCAUUCCCACCAUCACAGUGGAACAAGAGGCUUCAUCGGAGGGAGCAUUAUCCAAGCCAGUGAAAACUCGGAAACGUGGUUUCAGUCUCCGAACGCAGCUCUUCAGCAAGAACGUUGCGCAGUCUGCUGAGAACUACUUAACGACUCCCGAAAUCGAGCUCAAACAGGUGGAUAAUUCGUAUCUUGCUGAUGAGCUCGACGUCUUCAGACAUGAUGACUCGUCAACAAAUCAAGCCAGCCUCUAUGGUAGUUCUGCAUCACUCAACCAAUCUGUGAUUGAUUUGAAUGAUGAACCACAAUACAAGUAUAACUAUACACAGCGCACGACGAGCAAGUACCAUUUUAUCAAGGCCACUUUCAAUGCUCUCAUGGGGAUCUCCAAUGCUCCGGAAUCUAGGGGUGGUCGCCGUCUCCCGAUCACAGUCAACCUCAAACGGAGCGAUGAGCCGUCUAUAACCAACAAGAAAGGAGAGGUGCUGCUGCUUGAUAAUCGCACAAAUCAGCCCUACGUGAACAACGUCAUCACCUCGUCGAAAUACACCUUGUUGAGCUUUUUGCCCCGACAACUGAUUGCUCAAUUUUCCAAACUCGCCAACUGCUACUUCAUGACAGUGGCCAUCUUACAGCUGAUACCCUCGUGGUCAACAACUGGUACCUCCACCACUAUCAUUCCUCUCUCUAUCUUCAUCUCAAUUUCUAUAUUGAGAGAAGGUUGGGACGAUCUGAGACGACAUAAACUAGAUAAGGUCGAAAAUAACAAGCCAGGCACAGUGCUUAAAAUGGGAAAUUCCCACUAUUCUUCGCAUUACGUUUACAGCAAGAGUACAACAUCUUUCUCGCGAUUGAGAUCGAGCACUCAGUCCUUUGAUACUGAUGAUUUAGACUCGCAAGACGAAAAUAUGAUUUUUGACGAGAACUCUUUCGCUAACGAGCAACUUCUCAGCAAAGAAGGAAUAUCAACAAUACGCACGAGAUGGAAAGAUAUUAAAGUGGGAGACAUUGUAAAGAUUGAUUGUGAUGAGUGGGUACCGGCGGACGUUGUUCUGCUAACUUCAACAAACGACAUGGGAGAAACUUUAGUAGAGACUAUGGCUUUGGACGGAGAAACCAAUUUGAAGUCUAAGCUUCCAAACCAGGAACUCCACAAACUAGCCAAUUCAAUUGAGGGACUGCGCAAACUUAAAGCAAAUAUUCACUGUGAAGAUCCAAACUCGGACCUUUACAAUUUUGAGGGAUCUCUAGAUAUCGAAGACCCCACAUCCCACGAAACUAGAAAAUUUGCAUUGGGCCCCGACAAUAUCAUUUACAGAGGGUCGAUCAUCCGAAACACCGAUUCCUGUUUGGGGGUGGUCGUUUUCAGCGGUGAGGAAACGAAAAUUAGAAUGAAUUCCAUUAAAAAUCCUCGGAUCAAGGCACCCAAACUUCAAAAAUCAAUCAAUUACAUCGUCGCAUUCAUGGUUUUUGUGGUUGCCUCGCUAGCAAUGUUUUCUUUUAUGGCAGAGAGAAUGUUCUACAAAAGGUACAGAGACAAGAAUUGGUACAUCAGAGGCGAAGAUGCUGGUAUUGCCCCAACAAUCAUGAGUUUUAUUAUCAUGUACAACACUCUUAUUCCCCUCUCUCUCUAUGUCACUAUGGAGAUCAUCAAAGCCAUUCAAAUGGUUUUAUUGCAGUGGGAUAUUGAUAUGUACCAUCCUCAGUCGAACACGCCCGCUGAAGCACGCACUGCCACCAUUUUAGAAGAAUUGGGACAGGUUAGCUAUAUUUUCUCUGAUAAAACGGGUACUCUGACCGAUAACGUUAUGAUUUUUCGCAAGUUUAGCGUAUGCGGUACAGCGUGGAUUCAUGACAUGGACCAGUCUGAUGAGAAGGCCUCCGAUACGUCUCAAAUUCCACUUACAGAGGACUCUUUGGAUGGAGCUACAAAUGUCGGCAGAGGUAUAACAAGAUCAGGACCUGCACCUUUGGCUGGUCGAUCAAGCAUGUCAUCUGUCAAUCCAAGUUUGGUAACUGCGCAGACUGCGAAAAUGCAAAACCUAAACUUCAAACCCAGCAUCAAGUCAUCUGCGGAGCUUAUCAGGUAUUUACAGACAAACCCAAACACCAUAUAUGCCAAGCGGGUGACAUUCUUUCUUCUUUCUAUUGCGUUGUGCCACUCCUGUUUCCCCAAGAGAACAAAGACGGACUCCGUUCCCGAGAUGGAUACUAUGGAAGGAUUUGAGGAAGAAAUUGAGUCCAUAAACUACCAGGCUUCUUCUCCUGAUGAGCUGGCUCUAGUUCAGGCAGCCUGUGAGAUGGGUUUCAUUUUGUUUGAAAAGAGACAGAAAACUAUUACUCUCAAGCUGUAUCCUCACGGAUUUAAUGAAGAGCCUAAAUUUGAGGAUUAUGAGAUUCUCGACGUUGUUGAGUUUUCGUCAAAUAGAAAACGGAUGUCGGUAAUACUUCGACUUCCGGAUUCGAAGAUUGUUUUAUUCUGCAAGGGAGCCGACAAUGUUAUCAUGGAGAGACUGAGGAACUCUCAGGUAGCCCACUCGAAACAGCAGGAGUUCUCGAGAAACGUUGCCAAUCGGAAACGAUAUGAGGCAGAACUUAUUUUACAGAGACGGUCGAUGGAUUCUGUCCGUUCAAGAGAGGGCAGGAGCUCGACGUCUUCGGUUCCAAGACCAAGUUUGAGCUUGUCCCGUUCUUCCAUGGAGGGCGUGUCGCCUGUCCGCGCAAACCAAGCUUCCAGGACAAUAGACUCUGUUUUCUCUGAGGAUUCUGAAAGACACGAACUUGAAGAGAUAAAGACCAAAGCUAGGAGAUCGUUGCAGUUGAAACAGACAGAAAAAUAUAACCUGCGGGAAGAGAUAUCUUACAUUCCAUCGGAUAGACUGGUUGUCAAUGAUGAAUACGUUCUAGAAAAGACCAUUGAACAUGUGGAAGAUUUUUCCACCGAAGGCUUGAGAACAUUGCUUUAUUCUUACCGUUAUCUCUCUGAAGAUGUUUACUCGGAAUGGUCUCAAAAGUACGGCAAGGCGAAGACUUCCCUGACGAAUCGUGCUGAACUCGUUGAGAAGAUCGGUUGUCAAUUGGAAGAAAAUUUGGAGCUUUUGGGAGCCACUGCGAUAGAAGAUAAAUUACAAAAAGGGGUUCCAGCUACUAUUGAAAAGCUCAGACGAGCAGGAAUAAAGCUUUGGAUGCUGACAGGAGAUAAAAGGGAGACUGCUAUCAACAUUGGAUACUCUUGUCGAUUGAUCAAAGACUAUUCGAAAGUGAUAGUACUUUCCAGUGAUGAGGGGACGGAAAGGCUGUCUUCCAUCAUGACAGCAGCAGAGCUUGAAAUUGAAGAAGGCAACGUGGCUCACUGUGUGGUUGUCAUUGAUGGAGGCACUUUGUCGGAUAUUGAAAUGGACAACACGCUAAUGACAGUGUUCAUUUCUCUUUGCAUGAAGUCAGACACUGUUAUCUGUUGCCGGGCAUCUCCUUCUCAGAAAGCCAAAAUGGUGACAAGUGUUCGGAACCUAAACAAAUCAAAAGUGACGCUUGCGAUUGGAGACGGUGCCAACGAUAUUGCCAUGAUUCAAAGCGCAGAUGUGGGUGUUGGAAUUACCGGUAAGGAAGGGUUGCAGGCCGCUAGAACGUCGGACUAUUCUAUUGCUCAGUUCCGAUACCUUCUCAAGCUCUUGCUAGUUCAUGGUCGCUACAACUACAUCAGGACCUCCAAGUUUGUUCUUUGCACAUUCUACAAGGAACUACUUUUUUAUUUGACACAGUUAUUGUACCAGAGAUACACACUUUUCACAGGCACAUCGUUGUAUGAGUCGUGGUCGUUAUCCAUGUUCAAUACAUUGUUCACAUCUUUGCCGGUGCUGUGUAUUGGUAUGUUUGACAAGGACCUACGGCCGUCGACUCUUAUAGCUGUUCCCGAACUGUACGCCAGAGGACGAAACUGCGAAUCGUUCAAUUUCAAAUUGUUCCUUUUCUGGUCCCUGCUGGCAGCUUCACAAAGCACGACUUUGUGUUUCUGUUUGUGGAAUGUUUAUGGAUUUCCUGCAACGCUGGAUAACACGACAUAUCCGCUAGGAGUGGUGAUGUUCACUGUGCUAAUUGUGAUCAUCAACGCAAAAUGUAACAUUAUUGAGAUGCACUCGAUUACCAAGCUUUCCCUGAUAUCUUUCUGUGUGUCUGUUUUUGGCUGGCUGUUGUGGUGUAUGCUGCUUGUGGGACUAUACAAAAGAAAAGACAGCACUAUAUACUAUGUUUCACACGGGCUGUUUGAACAUUUUGGCAAGGAUAUCACUUUCUGGGCCAGUAUUUUAGUGCUGAUUGUUGUUGGACUUUCCAUAGACAUGCUAUUCCACUUGGUCAAAGUUAGCUUGUGGCCCACUGACACCGAUGCAUUCCAAGUCCUCGAAAAGAAUAACAGGUUACGCAAGCAAAUGGAAUUGAAUGCUUUUGACGUAUUAGCGCAAAGCUGGACUUGGAUGCAUGAAUCGCAGCUAGUUGAACAAGAUAUAGAAAAUUACUCAAGCAUGAAGAAGGGGCUCUAUCAGUUCCGAUCAUUCCUGAAAAAGGGCUCCAUUCAUCCUUCCAAGCAAACCAGAAAAAGAAAGCAAACUCUUGUGAACCCCACAGAGUUGCCCGCUGGAUCGCCGGCCAGCGUGAAGAUCGCAUCUUUUGACCUUUCAGAUCAGGAGAUGCUGCCAAGCGGCAAGAUUAUUCGCCAUAGAGGUGACGAUCACACCUUCACACGCAUCUUCAAAAAACAGGAAGAAACAAGAGAUAUAGAGUCCAUCUUGGACGAGAGAAUGAGACACUUAGAAGACAUGGAAAAAUAA